UCAGUGACUUCUUUGUUGUGACUCCCGGCCUGGCAGUGUCCGGACUCGUAGCCCCGCUGUCCGCACUGGGACCGCUAGCCCUAGCCCCGAGCCUAGGUCACAGCCACAACCCCAUCCCGUCGGUUAUCCUUUGAGUACAGGUCCUUUCCCCGCACACCUUGCGCUCCCUAACAUGCCCAACCCCAGCAGCACCUCCUCUCCCUACCCCCUCCCUGAGGAAAUUAGGAACCUGUUGGCACCAGACACAUUGAGAGGGGAAAAUUUAUCCAAGAAAGCAAAGGAAAAGAGAGAAUCCCUUAUUAAGAAGAUAAAAGAUGUAAAGUAUACCUAUCUUCACGAAUUUCAAGACAAAGUUGAUGCAGAAGAGGGGGAAGAAUAUGAUGACCCUUUUGCUGGGCCUCCAGACUCUAUUUCCCUAGCCUGAGAACGAUAUGACAAAGAUGACGAAGCCCCCUCUGAUGAUCACCAUCUCUUUCCAAUUUGUAUUCCAUACUACUCUGUUAGCUCCCAGUCCUCAUCUUCUUCUACUCUUUUGGUCACUGAAUUAGAAAAAUA